AAGGGUUCAUCCAGUCAUCCCACAGAGGUCAGGAAGGGUUCAGAGAUCUCUGGAGAAAAGGCAAAGCCGAGUGAUGCUGCGUGGGAGAAGUUCCAGAUGUCAUCCAGCACAGAAAUUCCUCUGUGGGGAGGCUGAAGAUAUGUGGGGACUGGGGGAAGAGCUUUCGUGUGAGUUCCAACCUCGUCCAGCACCGGAGGAUCCACACUGGAGAGAAACCCAUCCCGUGCACCGAGUGUGGGGAGCGUUUCCGACAGCGCUCCCAUCUGACCCGGCACCAGAGGAUGCACACGAGGGAGAGACCCUACGAGUGCUCCGAGUGCGGGAAGAGCUUCAGCGUCAGCUCCAGCUGCUGCGCCACCAGGUCACCCACAGCGGGGAGAAGCCCUUCGGGUCUGCCGAGUGCGGGAAGAGCUUCAGCCAGAGCUCCGAGCUCAGCGAGCACCAGCGGGUGCGCACCGGGGAGAAGCCGUACAAGUGCUCUCAGUGCGGGAAGAGCUUCUCCGUGAGUUCGGCCCUCAGCCCGCACCGCCACUUCCACACCGGGGAGCGCCCGUUCGGGUGCUCCGAGUGCGGGAAGAGCUUCACGUUGAGCUCCCACCUGCUUCGACACCGCCGCUUCCACACCGGGGAGCGCCCCUUCGAGUGCACCGAGUGCGGGAAGAGCGUCCUGUGGCGGUCGGCGCUGCUGCGGCACCGGCGGGUGCACAGCGGGGAGCGGCCGUAGGCCUGUACCGACUGCGGGAGGGGAUUCGCCGUGAGC